AUGGGCACUCGCCGGGGCCACCUGCCCGCAUCGGUGCUGCACGCGCAGCUGUGCGAGUACCAGCAGUUCCGGCAGGGCCGCCGCCCUCGCGCGCCCUCGGACGCGUCCGCAGGAGGGGGGGCGGCCGCGGAGCCCGCCGAGCCGCUGCAGGACUCCCCGGCGAGCGCCGGUGCCCGCGCCGCGCCUCGGGCUCCCAGGGCGCGGCCUCCUGGCCGCCCCGUGAGGGUGGCGGGGGCGCCGCAGUUCGACGAGGACUAUCGCAGCAUGAGGUUUGAGGUCGGGGGCGUGCCGUACUGGGUCACCAAGGAGCAGGCGAGCGGGAGCCUGAUGCUGGCCGAGCGCGUGGCCUCGCUCUGCGCCGCCAGGUUCAGGGAGGGCGCCCGCCAGGAGGAGGUGGAGGCCUUCCGGGAGGAGCUCCUGGGGCAGUGCUCCAGGAUGGGCAGGGACGCCCCCGACGCGCCGUACGAGUCCGAUGCGUGGCCCAUCUGCCAGGCGUCCUGCUCUGGGGGCGAGAUGGUCGUGAACUUCCGGUUCGCGGCCAGGAGGGUGAGGCGGCAGAGGGGCAAAGGGCGCCGUGGUGGCCUCGCGGGGCCAGACCUGGUGCACUUCCGCACCAGCGCUGGCGCGGCCGGGGGCAGCGUGAUCCAGGCCGAGAGGGUGGCACGCCUGUGCUACGAGAAAUUCAAGGAGGGGGCCUCCAGGGAGGACGUGCGGGCAUACCGCGCGCACCUCUACAGGCAGAUUGAGGACGCCGGCGCGAAGAGGAAGCAGGGCAGCGGGUGA